AUGUCAUCAAAAAGACAACGUUCAGAAUCGUCAGAAAGUGAAGCAGAAGAAGCUUCUAACAGCCAAUGUCAAACUAGGUCAAGAUCUAGGUCCGUUGUUCAUAGUCAUUCAAAACGCGCUCGUCGCUCUCAAACUGAAGAAAUAAACGCGUUUCCUGAUAACAUUUCAGAAGAGGAUGAAGAAGUUGAAAACGAAGAAAUUGUUGCUGAAGGAAUAGAAAAUACAAGACUAAAAAAGAAGAGUGCAACUGGGGCUACAGCAGAAUCUGGUGUAAUUGAAUCAAUUGAAUUAGUGAAUUUUAUGUGCCAUAAAUUUCUCAAAGUACCUUUUGGUCCUAAAAUUAAUUUCAUCAUCGGCCACAAUGGAAGUGGAAAAAGUGCUAUUUUAACAGGAAUUACGGUCUGUCUUGGAGGAAAAGCUAAUGUGACAAACCGUGCUUCAAACUUAAAAUCGCUUAUUCGUGAAGGCUCCAAUGUUGCACAAAUUACUAUAAAACUUCGAAAUCGUGGGGAAGAUGCUUUUAACCAAGAUAUAUAUGGCGACUCGAUUAUUAUUGAACGUCGUAUUUCUAGUGAUGGAAGUAAUAAAUACAAGAUAAAAACUCAUGAUGGAAAAAAGACAGUCUCUGAAAAGAGGGAAGAGUUGAAUGCCAUUCUAGAUCAUAUGGCUAUACAAGUGGAUAACCCUAUAAAUGUGUUGUCUCAGGAUACCGCUCGUCAAUUUUUACAUUCAUCGAGUGCUGAAGAUAAAUAUAAGUUUUUUAUGAAAGGAACGCAAUUGACCCAAUUAAGUGAAGAUUACGAGCUAAUACGUGAAAGCAUCGAAACUACACAAAAUAUAAUUAAAUAUAAGAAAGAAGUUGUGCCGGAGCUUCUCAAGGAAGCUAAGGAAGCAGAAGAGCGAUAUAAAGAUAUGCAAAAAGCUCGUGAACUUGAGUUGAACGUCGCAUCAUUUAAGAAUCAGAUGGCUUGGGCUCAAGUUGAGGAAAAAGAACAAGAAGUUAUUGAGGCUGAGAGAAAUUCACAACGAGCCAUGAGACGUUUACCAAAUUUACAAGCAAAACUCGAUGAGGAAGAAACUGAAUUUGAUGAAAUUAAUACAGUUGUCUUAGAUUUGGAGCAAAAAUAUCAUGAUUUGACAAAUCUUUCUAUCAAUCCUUUGAAAGAGAGAAAAAAUGAAUUAAAUUCUCUCAUUAGAGAUAAGACGAGACAAUUAAAUGAACUAAAGGCAUGCUUAAAACAAGAUGUUGAGAAACAUCAACAAAGAAUAGAUGAGGAAACUCAGAAACUUAAAGAUGUUAAUCGUCAAAAGC